UUGACAACGCAAAGCGCGCGCUAAAACGCAUCAUCACUACUCUGGGGGAUAUCAGAGGCUUCCUUUGAGAUCCAGGCAAGAUUUUCGAGAAGAUAACGUUUAAGAAAAUGCCGUGUAUUUCUAUAAUUCUGGAUUUUUAAUCGUGAAUAUGCAGUUUAUGAACUGGCUAUUCCACGGUUCAGAUAUUUCAAAUCUUGGAUGAAGAGGAAAUGUUCUUACAGAAACCUGAAUCGGCAUAGAAGUGUUUUUAUUCCAGUGAGAUGCACGUUUCAAUCGCAAAAGAUCAAUGGAUUUAAGAUACAUGAACCAACUUGCGUGUUUUAUGUCUAUUUUUUCCAUCGCUGCACUGGCAGUUACUGUUUUGUUGGAAAUCAAUCGAUAAAUCCGUCAGUGCUGUUUGGAGAGAAUGCUGUAAAGAAAUCACAGUACUUUGCUAAAUCUUACGCGUUGAUAUUAACGGAUUUCGGUUGACUCUAAUGUAUCGCAAUUCGACUUUACACUACACAUAUUAUAGACAACAGCAACAAUCGGAGAAAGGUCCACAACGAAAAACAUGCAACCUCUUAAUCCAUGGUGACAUGGCAUAUCGGUUUAUCACCAGCCGCGCUGUGCCAUCUUCAAAUCGGCUAAACAGAAGGUUCCUAUUCAUAUUCACGCUGUCUUUAUCCUUAACGUAUUUAUGCUACAGCGUCCUAUACUGUUCCGAGACCAUCAUGCACAGCCAGGGUAUUGAAGAACACAGGUGCGUCCUUAUCCAGCGCGUCGGGAGCAAAAAACUUCUGCAAAGAUCACAUUAUUGCACUUUUGAUACGGAUGGCAGGCAUCUUCGAGAAGAGACGCAUACAGAUGGUCUUACGCGCCAGAGGACGGGCUUCUCUCACAACAAAAGCAAAUCCUUCGCGUCCCACAGCGCCUCGUCACGAAGUGUUAACGGGUCGUACCGGGGUUCCAACAAUAAAACGAGCAGUUCGAAGUAUGGCAUAAAGAAGUUACCAAAAGCAAUCAUUGUCGGCGUUAAGAAAGGGGGGACAAGGGCGGUUUUGGAGUUCAUUAGGAUCCAUCCGGAUGUGAGAGCUGUUGGGACAGAGCCGCAUUUCUUUGACAGAAACUACGACAGGGGUAUAGACUGGUACAGAGGACUCAUGCCUCGAACCCUGGGCGGCCAGAUCACCCUGGAGAAGACGCCCAGCUACUUCGUGACCCGCGAGGCGCCCCGCCGCAUCUCCAGCAUGUCCCGGGACACCAAGCUGAUCGUGGUGGUCCGGAACCCGGUGACCAGGGCCAUCUCCGACUACACCCAGACCCUGUCCAAAAAGCCCGACAUCCCCACCUUCGAGGAGCUGGCCUUCAAGAACAAGAGUCUGGGCCAGGUGGACACCACCUGGAACGCCAUCCGGAUCGGGAUCUACGCCCUGCACCUGGAGACCUGGCUGCAGUACUUCCCCCUGGCCCAGAUGCACUUUGUCAGCGGCGAGAGGCUCAUCACGGACCCCGCCGGCGAGCUGGGCCGCGUGCAGGACUUCCUGGGCCUCAAGCGCAUCGUCACCGACAAGCACUUCUACUUCAACAAGACCAAGGGGUUCCCCUGCCUGAAGAAGCCCGAGGACAGCAGCGCCCCCCGCUGCCUGGGCAAGUCCAAGGGCAGGACUCACGUGCAGAUCGACCGGGACGUCAUCGAGCAGCUGCGCGACUUCUACAGGCCUUUCAAUGUCAGGUUCUAUGAGACCGUGGGACAGGACUUCAGGUGGGACUGAGGCC